AUGUCAGGAUCAAGUGGUCAGCCAAGGGUAUGGUCCUUGUGGAUCUAUGAUCGACAUUGUACCCUUGUCUUUCAUGCUGAUUGGUCAUACUAUCACAAUAGAGGAUCAGGAAAUACACAAAACACAGGUAAUACUUCUUCCUCUUCCGCCAAUACGCUUGAUAAUUCAAAUAAAGCAGGGGGCAAGAAUGCCAUCUUACCUUUAUCCGAACAAGCAAAAUUGGUAUACGGCCUGGUAUUCUCUUUACGAAAUAUGACGAAAAAGCUAAGUCCUCAAAAUACAGAAGAUGGAUCAAAUCCAUCAAAAGAAACCCUUCAUAGCUUUUCAACUUCAACGUAUACACUUGCUCACCUACAAACUCUCACAAACUACACCUUUGUCAUGUUGACCGAUCCGGUUCAAGCACCAACAAGACGUGCACCCCCAAGUGCGACAAGUGGAUCGGGCUUUAUAGGUUCGGCUGCGACAUUCAGUGGAGGAGGUGGUAUUCCUGCCACAGGUGGAAUGACAACGACUGGCGUUCUUGCACAAAUCAGUCGUGGUCCUUGGGUCGAAUUCGUUGCUAGAAAUCCGGCUUGUUUAUCAUUAGAACGUGAACAAGAAGAUGAAGAUGAGGAUGAUGAUUUGGCAGAUUUGGAUGAAGAUGCAUUGAAAGCUUUGAACGAGAGAAAGGAACAAAAACGCAUUCUGCGGCAGAAGGAAGUCCAGAAACAAAGAUUGACGGGAAUGGGAAAGAGUGUCGAUAGUGAAGCUUUCAGAGCUUCCGUAGAGAGGGUUCUGGGACAGAAUAAGCUCAAUGCACCAAGGAUGUAG